AUGGGCCCGAAUACUUCCAGCUACCCGUACAAGCUGCAGAAACGGCUAAACGAUGCAUCACGAGUGGAGUGUCUGCCGUCACAGGAGGAGCUACUGGCGAAGGCGUCCCCAAACCUGCGCCACCGCCUGUCAAGUCUCAUUGAAGCCGAGCUGUGUGCUCUGCAGGUGCUCUCGUGUUACGCCAUGCUACAGCAGCAAGAUCAGAUUUCAGCUCCACGCCAAAAAGUUAAGCGACAAGGUAGACCCCGCAAACUAGCGACGGCCACGACCGCCACAGGAAGCGCCACAGCGUCGUCGCUCGGGCUCUCGAUGCUAUCCACAGAGCAGAUUCCUCCCACCUCGUCAAUCUACUGA